GACUUAUAUGAGCGCAGAUUUGAGGUUGUUCUCACAGUGCUGCUGCCUAACCGGGUCUGUCAAACUCGGUCACGGCGUCAUUUGCUGUCUUCCUGCUCAGAGAAACCAUCCACUCGUCGCCAUGGCUCUCCGCGGUUGUCUGACCCUGUUCUUGAUUCUGCUGAGUGGUAUCGUGUAUGCUAAGAAAAUGACAACACCACCAUUUGCAACGGAAGAACCCAGUACUAGCAAAAUCCCCUUUGUCACAGAGGAGCCCAGCACUAGCGAAAUCCCACUAGUCACACAGAUUCCCAUGACUGAUUUUCCAAUUAACACUCAUGCCAGUACAACAACAGCUACUCCAACUACCAGUCUUGCCCUUGUAACUACACCAGUUCCAGCUACUACCCACCACAGUACAACCAAUGCUACCACAGAAGUGCCAACUACAUCUGACCACACUACAGCCAAUGCUACCACAGAAGCGCCAACUACCACCCAUCACAAUACAACCAAUGCUACCACAGAAGCGCCAACUACAACUGACCACACUACAGCCAAUUCUACCACAGAAGCUCCAACUACUGAGCACACUAAUGCUACAACAGCCCCGACUCCUCCUCCAACCACUCCACCAGUUCCCAACCCAACUGUUGGAAACUACAGUAUCAGGCUUUAUGCCAAUUCCUCAGCAUGCCUUUUGGCAAAGAUGGGCCUCCAAUUCAGCUUCAAAACAAGUGUGAAUGCCAGCCUUCAGACUAUUAAUCUUGACCCUAAUGUAACCACGGCAAAUGGAACCUGUGGAAGUGGUGGCAAUAGCUCUACCCUUAUACUGAAGUCAGAGAAAACCACAGUUCAGUUUGUUUUCACAAAUGUUUCAGAAAAAUUCCACCUGCAUGCUUUGAUGCUCUCUAUUGAUUUUGGAAAUGGAAGCUUUUUCAACGAAUCCAAUACUAAUCUGACUCUGUGGGAAGCAUCUGUUGGCAGCUCCUACAUGUGCAAAAAAGAGCAGAGUUACAACAUCUCAGACAAGCUUACCAUCAACACAUUUGAGCUACAAGUGCAGCCUUUUGCAGUCCAGAAAGACUCGUUUAGCACAGCCCAUGAAUGUUCAAUGGAUGACACCAGUCUCUUAAUCCCAAUCAUUGUUGGUGCUGCUCUGGCUGGUUUGAUUUUCAUUGUUGUGAUUGCAUACGUGAUUGGUCGACGAAGGACCUAUGUUGGAUAUCAGACUCUGUAAUGCACCAAAAUCACAAUCAAAUCAUUAAGUGUUUCAAGGGACACUAAGCCUGUUCCUGGACCAUUGCAAAUAUUAUGGGUAUUUGUGCAAUCUCAAUUGGCAACUGAAUUGUGGCCACGAGUUUAAAAAUAAAUAAAAAAUAAAAAAAUUGUCCUGAUGUGGUCAAUAAAUCCAGCAGCCCUUAAACUGCAACAAAAUCUGAAGAUACAGUGGCAUUCCAGGUCCAGGGCUCCCUUUUGUAAAUUAGUUUUGUAUCCGUGCACACCCCUUAUUUGUUUUUGUUUUCAGUUUUGUGUUGAAGUGCAUGGUCUUUGUCUCUUUGCUUAGCCAUAAUUGUUAUCGGAGCUCUUGAAUGCAUCCUGUCAUCAGUCUUGUACUACUGUCUUAAUGACAUCAUGCAAGAACUUUUUUUUUUUUUUUUUUUUUUUUUUUAAAUAGACCAAAGGUCAUGGCCAAUUACAUUUCACAUUGCUCUGCAUCAGACCCUGCACUUGCUUUUUGUAGACAUUCCUUCAAUCUUUUUGUUUUUUGCCAUCAAGUAGCAGAGUUUCUUUUUCCAGUUUGUGCUCAUCAGAUAUCUUUCAUUGCUUGCAUCCACAGAAUGGGAAUCUGGUUAACUACUGGUCAAAACUACAGUAGUUUUAUAUUCACUUGUUUUGAAGCAUUAAGAUUAAAUAUUAAAAGCCAUUUCAGGAACAGGUUGUUACUCUGUACUUUAGUGACGGGACAGAGAUUGGCAACCUCGCUUUUAUAGAAAUCGGGUGGCUUUGCAUUAUGUUAGCAGUCCUAUUUUCAGAGCAGCUGUGUGGGGAAAUUGCUACAUUGAAAAACCAUCUAAACAUGCUGGACAAAGCCAAGUGACAGCUCUUUAAACAAUUGAAAUUCUAGAACAGGAAAAUUAAUGCUUGUCACGAAGUUUAAACAUUCACAAGCAUGUGGACCGGUGUAUUAAAGUGCAAUGGCUGGUGUUUUUAACUGGCAAUAAAGCAAAUAAAUGCUUUCUAGUAUUUAAAUCAUACUGUUACUAAAUAUUGAGUAUGUUUGGUAACUAAUUAAAAGGGAUGACUACAGAUUAAGAAUGCAUCAGCCUUUUGUAUCAGUUACUCUUCACAACUUACAAAUAACUACUUUAGUUUAAAUGAUACAUGCUGCUUAUUGCAAACUGUGAAUUGUAUUUGCUACAGGAGGCAUUUUGCAUCUCUUUGAACCCUCUGUAGAGUGGUAGUGGCUGUGGAUGAUUUUGAAUGCAUGUGUGGGGUUUUUUGUUACAUUUGUGUGUGUUGUGGGGGGUUAUGGUUAUUGCCUGAUUGGUGUGUGGUGUGUUUUUUUUUUUUUUUCUGCACUAUAACCAUGACACUUUAAUUCAAGACUGGUCACUCAUUUGUGCCUUGCUUAUUGAAGUUACUUUGCUUGCCAUCCAAUCAGUUACAUAACUUGUUCAAUAAAGUUGGAUUUAUUAUUGAUUUUCCUAAGGCUGCACUUUUGACGUCUUCUGCUUUCAGACUAUUUGUUAAAAGGGAUUUCUUAUUUGUCUGCCCUAAACUUGUUUAAUGCAAUUUGUUUUGCAAUUGAAGUGACUGCUUUGUCAACAUUUUAAUGGGCUUUUAGCUGCAAUAAAUGGAGAAAGAGAACUGUA